GGAUGAUAUUUAUGAGAAAGUGUCCAUUGUGUAUGCUGACCGUACAGAGCUUGAGCAGGACGCCAUCAGUGUGGAGGUCUUCACCAACGCCCUGGCCGACGCCGAGGUGGUGCAAAGACUACUGGAGAAGCAGCCGCGCACCCUGGCCAGAGCAUAUGACAUCGCACACAGCUAUGAGACCACCAGGAGGGCCGCCAGAACAGUCACCCAAUUCAUGCAGCCUGGCCAACGCAGCUUUGUAAAUCAGAGAGCCAGGGCCGCCACGGUACGUGAAAAUAACAGCAUGCCAGCUUGUGUGGAGCCAGUGGGGGUAGCUGUCUGGUCCAUCGACUCACCAGAGAGGGCUCCAAGAUUUAAUCCGCAGUGGCACCAGAAGAAAGACGCAAAUGUCAAAAUGCCUAUGGGGGAUGUUCAGUGCCACAACUGCUCCGGUCUAGGGCAUAUGAUGAGAAACUGCCCUUCUCCCCGUCGACCCAGACAGCAAGCUCGGACAGUCAAUAACAACACAGCACCCGACACAGGUAUAGUGGUCACCUGUACUGCAAGUCAGGAAGACGACAUGUGUGUUCAAAUAUUGAUAUAUGGAUUGGAAAUGUGUGCUCUGCUUGACUCUGGUGCUCGGAGGAAUGUGUUGCCCCUCCAUCUCUUCAACGCCAUUCCCACAGAGUCCAGACCCCCAAUAGAGCCAUCUGUCGCGGAGGUCCUGCAGGGCAUCGGCCCCGGUGGUCUGGCAGUGCUGGGGGAAGUCAACCUACCAGUACGAGUUGGGAGCCGAGCUACCAAUGUGAACUUCAUCAUGGCCGACACAGCAGAGAGCACCGAGGUUAUCCUGGGGCACCCUUUCCUACAUCAGACGAGUGCCCAGCUGGACUAUGGUCGCCGGGAGAUAACCCUAUGCGGAGAGAAGGUACCUCGUUUUAACCCAAGCCAUCAGUCCCGGGUGCACAUUGUCAGAGUGGCCCGCACAACAGUGUUGGAAUCGGGGUGUGAGUAUGUAGUCCCCGGCACCGCCCACCUCCGCCACGCUGCUGACGGAGACCUGAUGCUGAGCCCAACUAAAGGUUUCAUCGAAAAACACCACGUACUAGUGGCUCACCUCGUCGUACAGGCGCAGCGGUCCACCAACGUUCCCAUCAGAGUCUUCAACCCUGGAGCCUUACCUGUCACGUUGAAGAGGGGCGUUGUGGCAGGGAUCCUACAACCAGCAACGGUGUUAGGGAAGCUGGAGCCCCAGCCACCCCUCGCCCCACCGGCCUCCGAACCGAUUAACUCUGUCUCUGUUUCUUUGCCCAGCCACCUGCAGGUCCUGUAUAAUGAGAGCUGUGCUAGUCUGCCAAAGGGGGACCAUGAGAGGGUGGCCUGCCUGCUACGGUCAUACAGUGACGUCUUCUCCACGGGGCCCACUGACCUUGGCCGUACUGGCCUCGUGCAGCACGAUAUCCUCACCAUCCCUGGUCCACCUGUGAAACAGCAACCACGCAGGAUGGCUGGAGACAAACAAACUGCAGCGGACCAGCAGGUGCAGCAGAGCCUGGACACUGGUGUGGCCCAACUCAGCAACAGCAGCUGGGCUGCACCAAUUGUUAUGGUAAGGAAGAAGGACCAGACUUCGCGGCUAUGUGUCGACUACAGGCUCUUAAAUGAGAGGACCAUUAAGGAUGCAUAUCCACUGCCCCGCAUCCAGGACACCUUAGACACAUUGUCCACCGCCAGGCACUUCAGCACGCUGGACUUAACAUCAGGGUACUGGCAGGUGGAAAUGACGCCGAGAGCCCGAAAAGCCGCUGCUUUCUGCACCCGUAAGGGCCUUUUCGAAUGGAAUGUGAUGCCUUUCGGACUGUGCAAUGCGCCGGCCACAUUCCAGAGGCUCAUGGACCGUGUCCUGGCCGGGCUGCAGUGGGAGACCUGUUUGGUGUACCUCGAUGACAUCAUUGUCCUGGGGCGGGACGGCACCGACAUGUUGGAGCGGCUGAGCCAGGUGUUCAACAGACUACGCGCAGCCAACCUGAAACUUAAACCAUCAAAGUGUUUCCUGUUCCGGGAGCGAGUGGCUUACCUGGGGCACAUCGUCUCCAGCAAAGGUAUCGCUACUGACCCCCAAAAGAUUCAAAAGGUGACUGAGUGGCCCGCACCCCGAAACGUCUCUGAAGUGCGUCAGUUUGUCGGCCUGGCCUCGUACUACCGACGCUUCGUCAAAGAUUUCGCCACAGUUGCCAAGCCCCUCCACGAACUCACCAAAAAGUAUGCACGCUUUAACUGGAUGGAUGAAUGCCAGGAGGCGUUCGAGCAGCUGAAAAGCCGGUUGACGUCAGCGCCGGUGCUGGGCUAUCCCCUCGACAGUGGCCAACUGCUCCUCGACACAGACGCCAGUGACUGGGGAAUCGGAGCAGUCCUCUCCCAAGUACAAGAAGGUGAGGAGAGAGUGCUAGCCUAUGGGAGCAGGAGAAUGUCGCCCACUGAGCAAAACUACUGCACCACCAGACGAGAACUUCUGGCAGCUGUCGAGUUCACCUCUCAUUUCCGACAGUACCUACUAGGGAGAUCAUUCAUCAUACGGACUGAUCACAGCAGCCUGCGCUGGUUGACUCGGAUGAAGGAGCCUGAGGGUCAGCUUGCUCGCUGGCUUGAGAAACUAGCAGAGUACGAGUUCCUGGUGAUCCAUCGUCCAGGGAGACACCACCAAAAUGCGGACGCGCUCUCCAGAAGACCCUGCCGGACGUCAUGCCCAUGCACAGUGCCGGAGCCUAGCCUCAGUAACCAGUUCCAGCACAAGGGGAUUCAGUGCAACAUGGCCGAAGAGGAUGAGGAGGAUGCAGUGGAAACUCCUGCGGAGCAACCUCUGGUGGGGGUAGUGGUGCCUGAAGAGGAUGCCGUGGAAACUCCUGCAGAGCAACCUCCAGUGGGGGUAGUGGUGCCUGAAGAUAGCUAUGGAGGCAGCCCUGCAGUUGAGUCUAAGCAUCUUCCAGUGGGGGUAGCGGACGUUUUCAGUAAUGAUCAAGCUGGCUCUCUGUUCCGACCAGGUGUCUACAGGGUGAGUGAGCCAGCCCAAACCAACCUGUUCAGUGGUUGGACCCAAGAGCAGUUAAUCAGUGCCCAAGAAGCUGACCCAGACAUAGCACCAGUGAGGAGGUGGAUGGACGAGGGGAGGAGCAGGCCACCCUGGGCGGACAUAGCACCCUACGGCCCUGCCACCAAAGCCUACUGGUCGCAGUGGAAAAGGCUCUACCAGAAAGAUGGCGUUUUGCUGAGGAAAUUCUACUGCACAAAUGGAAAGGUGUUCUAUCCACAGAUCCUGUUGCCUCAAGAGUACCGCACCUCAGUCACGGAGCAAUUGCACGAUGGCCCAGUCGGUGGCCACUUUGGAGGAGAAAGGACCCUCGCACGUCUCAAGGCCCGGUACUACUGGUACAAUAUGAGGGAUGACGUCACUCUGUGGUGCCGCACCUGCACCAGCUGUGCUGCAAAAGCCCGCCCGAAGAAAACACCUCAAGCCGCCAUGGGCACAGUGCGAGUUGGAGCCCCCUUCGAACGCAUCGCAGUCGAUUUAAUGGGACCAUUAAAUGAAACUGAAAGGCGCAACCGCUACAUAAUAGUAGUACAAGACUACUUCAGCAAAUGGGUGGAAGCCUACCCGGUUCCCAAUGAACAAGCAACGACGGUGGCCGAGAAGAUUGUUUCCGAGUGGGUGUGCCGGUACGGAGCUCCACAGUGCCUACACAGCGACCAAGGUACCAAUUUCGAGUCGGCUGUGUUCCAGAGAAUGUGUGAACUGCUGGGAAUCGACAAGACACGGACCACGCUGUUUCGGCCGCAGUCAGACGGCCAAGUAGAACGUUUCAAUGCCACCCUGCAGAAAAUCAUAGCCACCACUGCGGAACGAUGUCACUGGGACUGGGACAUCAUGACCCCAUAUGCAGUCAUGGCCUACCGUGCAUCCAAACACAGCUCCACGGGCCUGACGCCUAACAUGAUGCUGUUCGGGCGGGAAAUUACAGAGCCAGUGGAUCUUGUUGCUGGGUUGCCACCUGACCCAGACAACACUACUACCCCUCCAUCCUAUGUCGUACAGCUCCGGGAAAGGCUCGAGCUAUCUCACCAGUUGGCCCGGGAGGCGCUGGGAAAAUCUGUUGAGCGUGCCAAACGACAGUACGACAAAAAUGUUUGCAGAGUCCAACACAAAGUCGGUGAUGCAGUAUGGUUCCUAGUCAAAGGCACCAAGAGAGUAAAGGAUAAAGUGCGGAAGUUCCUGCCUUCCUACGAGGGUCCGUACUUCAUUGUGGGCGUACUGGACGAUUUGGUCUACCGGAUUAAAAAGGGUCAGAGGAUGAAGAUGAAAGUCGUUCAUCACGACAAACUCAAAGCUUACCAUUCCAGGACAGCACUAGACAACAGCUGGACAUUUCGGGAGGCUGGAACGUGGACCCCAGUGGAGGCGCCACCCCCGUCGUCAGACCCCAGCUCUUCAGAAAUCGACAGCAGUCCCCUUGACCUUUGGGGCACGUCACCAGAGACGGAGGACCCUGUUGUGGAGGCCCUUCCAGGCCUCUUCUCUCCACCACCAUCACCGAGCAGCAGCCAGCUUCCUUGCCACCCCGCUGAGCCUUCGCUGGAGGAGGCUGGGACCUCGCAUACGGCCAGGGGAGAAGCUGCUCGUCCUCUUUUGAGCUCCACCCCUCGGCGUCGACCCCGGAGGGUCCGCAGAGCUCCUGACAUGUUUGGUGACUGGAUUGAUCACUGA